GUCACUUUUAUUCUUCCCUCCUCCGCACGCGUGUUCAGAUGUGUUGCUUAUUUAAUGGCAUGGCGGCUAUUUUAUUAUAAAGAAUUGUUGUUUUCCUUUUCAUUUAGACAUGGAUCUCGCCGCGAGGGACUCGUACAUCCAGAAAUUGACGAGUAAAGUGUUAAAUUCGCGGGAACAGGAACCAAAGAAGAGGCCAUUCGCUCCUUUUAAGGGCCAGAAGGGUACCGGUCCACCGCAGAAGAAGAAAAAGUGUAAAAAGAAAUCACUCAAAGAUGAGAAGAACCACACUGCGACACCUGUGAACAAGUCCAGGCCAGCAUCAGCACACAACGGACACUUGAAAGUGAACGCAACACAAACAGCAGACGAAGUAGGAAAUGUGAAGGCCAGCUUUUCCACCGUCGACGUUCUACGGCGGAGGCUGCACGAGAAGAUUGAAGAGGCGAGAGCACAGGCGGCCCCCAAGGAGGCGCUAUCAGAGGCGGUCCAGGCCAAGCGAGCCAAGCGGAAACUAGAGCGCGAGCGCAAGAAGAGAAAGAAGAACGAGUUCCGUCUGAAGAAGCUGGCCGAAACCAAAGCGCAAAGCGAGCAGGUCGAGGUGAAACAGGAGGAAGAGGAGCAACGGGAAAAGGCCCCGGCUGCCGCCAAACGACAGGAAAACGCCAUCAUCUUCAACACGGUGGAAACGGUGGAGGAGGAGUUUGUGGACAAGGCGCUGAAGAAGAAGGCCAAGAAGCAGCGCAUCAAGGGCCAAAUCACACCGCUGUCGGGGCGCAACUACAAGCAGCUGCUGAGCCGCGUGGAGGCGCGCAAGGACAAACUGGAGAAGCUGCGGGAGAAGGACGAGGCCAAGGCCCGGGAGAUGGAGACCAGGAUGAAGUGGACCAACUUGCUGUACAAGGCCGAGGGCGUCAAGAUCAAGGACGACGAGGCCAAGCUGCGCACCGCACUGGCCAACAAGGAGAAGAAGCGCAACCGGCGCAAGAAAGAGUGGGCCGAGCGCAGCCAGGCCGUCGUGGAGAAGAUGCAGAAGAGGCAGGACAAGCGGCGCAGGAACAUCCAGAAGAGGAAGAACGCCAAGGUGGAGAAGAAGAAGAACAAGGCCAGGAAGAAGGGCAGAAUUCUGGCCGAGGACUUGAAGAAAGUCAGCCUGUAGACGGAAGGUCCUUCCCAUCUUUCAUUCGAUGGAUCGUGUGACACAAAAUGCUGACUGAUUUCAUACUAAAGACAAAAUCAUCCAAAGAGCGAGCGUGUCUUUGAAUUUUUGUGUGGGGGAUUUUUUUUGUCUUGUUUUUGUGCGCAUUUGAUUGUUUGUGUGUGAGUACAUUUGAACGCGUCUCUUUGUUCAGUGUAAAUUUGUUUUUUUUCUGUUCGAGAGUGUGUGUGUUGUCUUUUGAAGGUUGAGUGUGUUUUUUUUGUGUGUGUUUUUUAGGAAGUAUGUGUACUUUUUCGCUGUCUGGUGUGUGUGUGUGUGAGCAUGUCUGAGUGAGUGUUUGUGUUACACCGGGUUUGUGUGUCUCUCUCUUUGAGUGCGUGUGUGUCUAUCCUUUUGAUUUUGUUUUUAAUUUUUAAAAAAAUUCAGGCUUUAGGCUCACAAAUGUAAAGUUUUUUUUAUUUUAUUAUUUCUUUGAAAUAUUUCUUUGGUUAACCAGUGUAAAUUAGGCUAUCACGCUAAGGAGAAUGGUAAUAAAGGAAUAUCAGAAAUGUUUAAUAAUAAAUUUCAGCUUGUGUAUUA